AGAAAAAUCGAAAUAUAUAUACCUCGGUCGUUCAUGGGCAUAACUUACGCACACUUACGUUCGUGUCUAUACUGCCAUCAACACCGUCGUCACACAGUAGCACAGAGUCGCCCCAACCACACACAUCCAUCAUGGCUUAUACUCAUCAAGACUCGCCAUCAGAUGCCACUGACCCUACAACCCUCCCUCCCCUCUCUCUGCCAGAUGGUGUGAGGUCGAGAUUCGUUGACACCACCCCCCACAGCCUUGUCUUCCACAUCCUCGAAUCCCUCCCCACCAAUCUAUCCCAGAAACCACAGUUGAUCGUCCUAUGUCAUGGAUUCCCAGAAGUUGGAUAUUCAUGGCGCAAGAUUCUCCCCCUUCUCUCAGCCCAAGGCUACCACGCCGUGGCCUUUGACCAACGAGGCUACGGCCGGACCUUCUCCCGGAAACCCCUCCAAGCCUCAUCAUUCAGUCCGUUGAGUCUCAUCAAAGACACCGUCACGCUCGUCCACGCACUAGGCUACAAGUCUGUGGCCGCCAUCGUAGGCCACGACUUCGGCGCCGUCACCGCCGCACUAACAGCAACAGCAAGGCCAGAUAUGUUUCACAGGCUAGUCCUCAUGUCCCAUCCAACCAAAGGCCCUCCCCAGCUUCCCACAGGUACAUCGCCGUCGUACGGAGAGCCAUCACCUGCCCCGCCAGCCGGUGCCGCAACGGACAUGGAGAAGGCGCUCAGCGAAUUGCCCCAGCCCAGGAAGCAUUAUAAAUGGUACUACUGCACUCCCCCUAGCAACAAAGAAAUGACUUAUCCAACCGGUGGGCCCCUCCACACCUUUUUGCGAGGCUACUUCCACCUCAAGUCCGCGGACUGGGACGGCAAUAAGCCUUAUCCCCUAGAGGGCUGGACGGCCACCGAACUCGAGAAAAUGCCGAGAUACUACAUCAUGGAUCAAGACGACACAAUGCGUCAGGGCGUGGCGCGGGAUAUGCGGGACGAGGACGCGAAGGUGGUAGCGGAGCGCUCUUCGCGCUGGCUGCCGGAUCAUGAAUUGGCAGUGUAUGCAAAGGAAUACGCCCGGACAACGUUCCAAGGAGGUUUGAAUUGGUAUCGAGUCCAGACUCAGCCGAAUAUCGCGGCGGAGAUCAUGGCGUGGUCUGGUGCAAAGAUCUCCGUGCCCACGGUGUUUAUCGCGGGAAAGAGUGAUUGGGGAACGUACCAGGAACCUGGGGCUAUCGAGGCGAUGGAGCAGGGGAAGAGUGUGCAGAAACAGAUGUAUAAAGGGACAGUCCUUGUUGAGGGUGCCGGACACUGGGUCAACCAGGAACAGCCCGAGAGGUGUGUCGAGGAGAUUCUGAAACUGAUCAAGCAGGACUCGUGAGCUCAAAAUCGUCGAUGCUUAUGGUGAGCUUGGGAAGAAAAGUACACGCUUUCGAUAUUCUGUUUGAGA